ACGUGACAGUUAAAUAUGGAUCUAAAUCUAACAGCUCAUGCAAACUCCACAACACUUUUGUCCAAAAUGCUGAGUCAUUCUUAUCCCUGCUGCCAAACAGCAUCCGUAUCACGACCGCCGAGACUAGCCUUCAAGAUCACCACGGCGAUGUCGUCCGAAACCAAACAGAGGAACCCAAGAAUCCUCUGCCUCCACGGGUUCAGAACAAGCGGUCUCAUUCUCCGUUCGCUUAUUACAUCUAAAUGGCCCGACACGGUCCUCCGAAACCUCGACCUCGAUUUCCUCGACGGUCCGUUUCCCGCCACCGGAAAAUCGGACAUCGAGCGGUUCUAUGACCCGCCGUACUACGAGUGGUACCAAGCUAGCAAGGGUUUUAGAGAAUACAGGAACUUUGAAGAGUGUUUGGAUUAUGUUGAGGAUUACAUGAUAAAGCAUGGACCUUUUGAUGGUCUUCUUGGUUUCUCUCAGGGGGCUUUUCUAUCUGCUACUCUUCCUGGAAUGCAAGAACAGGGAAAGGCUCUAACUAAAGUGCCAAAGGUCAAGUUCUUGGUGUUAAUAUCCGGAGGAAAGAUUCCUGGGUUGAGGUUUGGGCAGCCUGAAGCUGCGGUUGGUGCAUUCUCAUCUCCUGUUCGUUGCCCCUCACUCCACUUCAUAGGGGAGAGGGAUUUUCUGAAAACAGAAGGUGAAGUUCUUGUGGAAUCAUUUGUAGAGCCGGUGGUGAUCCGUCAUACAAGUGGACACACUAUACCUAAACUUGAAGCUGAAGCUGAGGAGACAGUGUUGAGCUUCUUCCAAAGGAUUAGGAAGAUGCUUUCUGAUGAACCGUCUUCUGUAAGAAGCUUGAUGUGAUUGAGAGCUCUAAAAAGGUUUCAGUUGGAUUAGAUGAUCUUAUAACUAUAUCUUUUUGAGGUGUUUCUCUUAGCUUUUGUGUGCAUGUAGAUAUAGAUUAAAAGAAUAAGACAGUUGUAAUAUUGUACAACAAUUUCAGCUAUUAAAAUUAAUAAAAGUAGCCUGAUCAAUUUUAUGAUCAA